CGGCCAUGGACAAUUGACGUAAUGCUGUAAUACAAGCGUAUCUGCCCCUCGCCGCCACCAUUACUUCCAUACCGUAUUACCACACAAUCGAUACGACGCUAAACCCGAAAGGAAAUUGUUCGACGGGCUCCUUUCACACAAACCGUCCAACCGCCCCAUCUCCAAGUCUAACCUCACCCCCUCCACACGGUGCAACCACCUUUCAAUAUGGCCGAAGCACAAGCCCCCCUCGCGGCCAUCAAGGUCGAGGCCUUGGUGGUGAUGAAAAUCAUCAAGCACUGCUCCCAGACUUUCCCGACCACCGCGACCGGUUCCCUCGUCGGUAUGGAUGUCGAUAACACCCUCGAGAUCACCAACUCUUUCCCGUUCCCCGUUGUCGAGAUGCCCACCGAGUCGCACUUCGAUAACGCCGCUCCCAACCCGGCCGCCGCUGCCCCCCGCGCCAAGUCCAACGCCGCUUACCAGGCUGAGAUGGUCCGGAUGCUUCGUGAGGUCAACAUCGAUGCCAACAACGCUGGCUGGUACACUAGCGCCAACAUGGGCAACUUUGUCAACAUGAACGUGAUCGAGAACCAAUUUUUCUACCAGAAGGAGUUGAACGAGCGGACAGUCGCACUGGUGCACGAUGUGUCUCGCAGCGCUCAGGGCAGCCUGAGCCUGCGUGCUUUCCGCCUGUCGGCUAAGUUCAUGGAGGCUUUCAAGGAUAACAAGUUCAACUCGGAGGAGUUGCAAAAGUCCAAUCUCCGCCACCAAGAUAUCUUCGAGGAGCUGCCCGUCGAGAUCCACAACUCUCACCUGAUCACUUCGUUCAUCCACCAGCUGCAGACCCCAACCCCCGCCGCGCCCACCGACCUUCCCGCCUCGCUCAGCGCUCUCGAGUCCAGCCCCUUCUCCAAGUCCACCACCCUCAGCCCCAACUUUGACAACCUGUCUCUCAGCAUCGACCCCUUCCUCGAGAAGAACUGCGACCUCCUCCUUGACAGCAUUGAGGCCCACAACACCGAGGUCAACAACUACCAGUACUACCAGCGUGUGCUCGGCCGUGAGCAGCAGAAGAUCAACAACUGGAAGCAGAAGCGCGCCCAAGAGAAUGCUACCCGCGCCACGCUCAAGCAGCCUCUCCUCCCCGAGGACGAGUGGCAGCGUUUGUUCAAGCUCCCCGCCGAGCCCAGCCGGUUGGAGAGCAUGCUCAACACCCGCCAGGUGGAGCAGUUCUCUCGCCAGGUCGACAGCUUCGUCUCGGCGACGACUGGCAAGAUGUUUGCUGUUAAGGGCAACCUGCUGCCCGGUGAGACCGCUAAAUAAAUUCCGACACACUCUUGAUUUAGGGGAGUGAGGAGGAGGAGAUGAACCCUGAUACCUCGGGGCUUUUGGGUAUUGCAUGAAACCUUAUUACGGCGUAGGGAGGGAAAAUGUUCUCUGGGAUGUUAAUACGACUUCCUCUUUUGUUUUCUUUGUAUCCGUGACGAGGUCGAGUCCGAUUGUGAUCGAUAUAUGGACUCGCCAUCCGCUCAUAGAACACAAUGACUUUUCUAGACACGACUUUGAAAAUCCUUCUUCUUUAACUGCACUGUUUUUACAUCUUGU